AUGUCUUAUAUAUCUGAUGGACUUGAUGAAAAAAAUAACAAAAUUCCUCAAUUUGGAUGUAAACAUUUAUUUCUUGCAUUUCCUUUGCUUAUUACUUUAACUCAUCUUCGACCUCAUAUUUCAAGUUUAAAUGAUGAUUUUCACUAUUCUUUGCAGCCAUUUUUGCCUAAUUUGUUAACAUUACUUCUCUAUAUUCCUGCUUAUUCAAUUAAAGCUUUAGCAUCUGCAGCAAUUAUGUCUAUCUCAAAAGAUUCAGAACUUGAACGAAUUUUAAAUUGGCUUUUUAUUCAAACAAAACAACUUUCAACAUUCAAUGGAACAUCAAAUAUUAGUCAAAACUUUGUUUCUGCUAUUCAACUUUUGUUAUUACACAUAAAUGAAUUGAAAUUAUCGGUUAGUGAAUCUGUUGAAAAAUUAUCUGUUUGGAUUAAUAAACAAAAAUUGUUUUUAAAUUGUUACGUUACUUAA